AUGGCUCCCCAGCUCUACAUCACCGCGUACAAAGAGCAGUUUGCGUCUCCCGGCAGGACCAAGCGAGAACCACUUCGACCCACCUCUGCCAACCGCAGGAACAACCCCCAGCCCCGGCCGGACUUUCUGUUUCCCCGGAGUCUCCAGCCCAACUACAGGUCGUGCCGCACACUACCGCCCCCCUCGGCCCCUGUGGACGCCGACCGCCCUCUCUUCCCCCCAGUCAGACAUCUGUCAUUCCACAGUCCGGUUACAGCUUAUCCUGACAACCACCUGAACACAGUGGACACGGACAAACCAAACCACAUGCCUCCUGUCAACCCAUCCACAGCACAGGCUCUGCCCUCUGCUGACGGCGUGCAGAAACUACAGCUGACUGAGCCGCCUGCGGGCCCUGGAUUUGAGCUCCACCCGGCUUUGAAGAACCCAGCAAGAGUGGAUUAUCAGAGGAAUGUUUAUCCUCUCUCAGCACAGCAACUCAGGCAACGUUCAGCUAUUCAUCUUCGGACAAGACCCCAAACGGGCAACCCUCAACGCCACUUUCCACGGACACAAUUCUGGAGGUCAAGUUCCAAUAGCAGCCUGGAUUAUAGUGGGUGCUACAGCUGCUUCCAUGUGGUGAAGCCCUACCAGGCUGGCCACUACAUCAUACACCCAGAGUUUGUGUCUGAGUGCCUUCGUUAGGACUAUUAGAGCACGGGCUUCCACUGUGG